AUGACUGCUAACGGCUCCAUCCCGACGCCGCCGGCGUCAGCUACGGCCAGUCCGAAAGGGUUUGAGGAUUUCGGCUUGAGGACCACUUCUUAUCCGGCGAUAAAGAAUGCGACGCUCCCAGCCGACGGCGCUGGAUACGACUCAUUCUCCGCCGGUUUCUUAACUUCCCUAUUACUCCUCGUACCUGCGGCCGCAACAUGGAAGGUCGGAGGCGGGAGCUUCACUUUUGCCAUUUUCCUUUUUACACUGGGAGUCCCGAUAUCCGUUGCCUUUUGGUUUGUCGCAUCGAGGAUCUCGCCGCCUAUCAAGGACAAUGUGCGGGGCCCCGGCCGUCCUGUCGAGCAGUACCUGAGCUUCAAGACGGAGCAUGAUCGCGCCAAGUAUUGGGGUCGACACAAGAUCUCGAUGGAGACGUUUACCCGCAUGUACUUUGCUGGCGAGGUCGACUUCAACGGCGAUGCGCUCGCUGCGCUCGAGUAUCGCCAUGAUUGGGCGAGCUUCAAGUUUACGUGGGGGUUAUUUCGCUUUGUCUUGUUAACCUUGGUGCCGGAGGUCAUUAUGAGCCACGUCCCAUCCAGUAAUUCUCCAGAUGCUGUGUACCCAGCUAAAGCAGUCGCUAACAGAAGCCAUCUAGAACAACGUAAUCGUAAACAUGAAGACCGCGGUAGUGACUUUUACGCCUGGUUUCUCGGUCCACGCAUGACCUACAGCUCGGGUAUCGUAUCCGAUAUGCAGGCCGAGGAAUCGCUUGAAGAGGUCCAAGACAACAAGCUGGCUGUCGUGUGCGAAAAGAUCAACCUCAAGGCAGGGGACAAACUCCUCGACAUCGGAUGUGGCUGGGCUUCCUUGGCGACGUUUGCGAGUGUGAAUUACAAGGCAAAGGUGACUGGUGUCGCGCCAAACCAGAACCAAGCUGAUUUGGGUAACUGGCGGCUCCAAUGCGCCGGUCUUUCGGAGUAUCAGAGUCGGAUCCAAUUUCUGAAAACGCAAGAGGUCAUGCCCUCCAAAUAUGACAAGAUCACUUGCCUGCAAGUGUCGGAGCAGGUUGGCAAGAUGAAAAUGAGCAAGUUCUUCCAGCAAUGCUAUGAUAUGCUCGAGGAUGACGGGAUAUUCUACGUCGAGGUUACUGGGCUUAGAAGGGCGUGGCAGUAUGAGGACCUUGUGUGGGGUUUGUUCUUGAAGAAGCAUAUCCCCGAGGCGGGUGCGCUGUGGCCGUUGGGGAGGUAUGUGACGGCUCUUGAGGCUGCUGGGUUUGAAGUUCAAAACAUUGACACCGUGGGAUAUCACUACUCGGCGACUCUAUGGCGUUGGUAUAAGAACUGGGUUAGCAAUGCCGAUAAGGUCACUGCAAAGUACGGCAAGCGGUGGUACAGAAUCUGGGAAUACUUUCUCGCUGCGUCGACCAUCGCCUCCAGACAAGGUACGACGUCGUGUCACCAAAUUACUCUUGUGAAAAAUCUCAACGGAGUGCAUCGUUCCGAUUUGCACAAGACGCAGUUUUCUGUGGCUGGGGCGCUCGCGUCUAGUAAAAAUGCUGGUAAAGCGCAGUUCCCGCUCUGA